UGUAGGUUGUAGGUUAGGUUAGGUUUGUUUAGGUUUUCCUAGAAAGAAGCCUGAAGCACCACCGGGUAUGGCGCUUCUCCUUGGUUGGAAAACCAUCGUGUGACGUCUGCUCUACUAAUGCCGUUCCCAAUAUUUUGAAGAAUGUCACGCGGAAGUAGUGCUGGUUUCGACCGUCACAUUACUAUCUUCUCACCAGAGGGAAGGCUCUACCAAGUAGAGUAUGCCUUCAAAGCUGUCAACCAAGGAGGCCUCACAUCAAUUGCACUGAAGGGAAAGGAUACAGCAGUGGCAGUGACACAGAAGAAAGUGCCUGACAAGCUGUUCGAUGCCUCCACCAUCACGCACAUGUUCAAGAUCACGAAGCACAUCGGCUGCGUGAUGACUGGCAUGACGGCGGACUCCAGAGCCAUGGUGCAGCGGGCGCGGAUCGAGGCUGCCAACUGGCGCUACAAGUACGGCCACGACAUCCCCGUCGACAUGCUCUGCAAACGGAUGGCAGACAUCUCGCAGGUGUACACACAGAACGCCGAGCUGCGGCCGCUCGGAUGCUGUAUGACGCUGAUCGCCUAUGACGACGAGCUGGGGGCGUGCGUGUACAAGGCCGACCCGGCCGGCUACUACUGCGGCUUCCGCGCCUGCAGCGUCGGCGUCAAGCAGACCGAGGCCAACGCCUUCCUCGAGAAGAAGCUCAAGAAGAAGACCGACUUCGAGCACACUGAGGCGAUCCACCUGGCGAUUACGGCCCUGUCGUCUGUGCUGUCGGCCGACUUCAAACCGACCGAGAUCGAGGUGGCCGUGGUCUCCAAGGACAACCCUGAAUUUAGGACGCUGACAGAGGCGGAGAUUGACGCGCAUUUGACGGCGAUCGCCCAGAACGACUGAGGUGGGGAUGGAGAGCCGGCCCGCCGGCCCGCGAUUCUGUUUCGCUCGAGGUGCCGCUCCCGGCGGGCGCCCGUUGUCCAAUACACGAUUUUUUGUCCUGUG